AUAAUUUGCCAAGGUAGUUUACCUUGGUAUACCAAAGCCAAAUGUAUAAUCAAUCAAAACCAAGAAAUCCCUGGAAUAAAAAUGUACAGCCAAAGAAACAUUCCCAGAAUAAUAAACCAUUACCAUCUUCAGAAGCCAAAUUCAAGGAAGCACACUCAAAAUUACAAGAAGCUGUUAGAAAACAUGUCAAGGAUUAUGAGUCAUCUUCAGAUGAAGAGGAAUUGGAAUCUGGUUCUUUGAUAGAUGCAAUUCUGAAGAACUAUAAACAUACAGGUGGGGAAAAUGAACAGCUUGGUAAAACAAAAUUGUUUUUGGAGGAAACCUUUUUGUCUGGUGCUUCUACAUGCCUUAUUUGUAUAUCUAGAGUUAAAAGAGAUGAUGAGAUAUGGAAUUGUUCAAGCUGUUUUGGAUUUUUUCACUUGAUGUGCAUCCAAAGAUGGUCGAAAGAUACUCUGACUCAACAGAAACAAGCUCUAGAAGGUCAGAUACUUGUUCAGAAAGCAAAACUAUGUUGGUGUUGCCCAAAAUGCCGCUUUGAAUAUUUCACUGAAGAUGUUCCUACAAAAUAUUUAUGUUUUUGCAAAAAAACUGAGAAGCCAAAGUUUCAUCCUUUCUUGGUACCCCAUUCAUGUGGUGACAUUUGUAGAAAGAACCUCAUCCCCAAUUGUGGACACAGCUGUUUACUCCUUUGUCAUCCAGGACCAUGCCCACCCUGUCCUGUCACCGUAAGUGUUUCAUGCUACUGUGGUGCCCAGGCGCCAAGAACUCAACGGUGCAGCAACAAAGAAUGGUCUUGCAAUGGCAUUUGUGGAAAGGUUUUGGAAUGUCAAAAACAUACUUGUCCCAAUCCGUGUCACCGUGGGGAAUGUAAACCAUGUCCCAAGAAGAGUAUACACAAGUGUGUAUGUAAAUCACAACAGAAAUUGCGGGACUGUGCUAGUCCUGUAUGGCACUGUGAUAAGAUUUGCAAAAAACCACUGGAAUGUGGUAAUCAUAGAUGUGAGGAAGUGUGCCACGAUGGUGUUUGUGAUAUGUGCUCUCUGACAAAACCGAGAACAUGUCCUUGUGGAAAAUCUACCCAUCGGCUACCUUGUACAGUAGAGACACCUUGUUGCCAAGACACGUGUGAAAAAUUACUUGAUUGUGGAGUUCACAAAUGUAACCAGAGAUGUCACAAAGAAAAAUGUGGGCAGUGCCUUGAAACUGUUGAGAAAUUAUGUAGAUGUGGUCUGCAUUCCAAAGAAGUUCAGUGCUUCAAGCCUUAUUUAUGUGAAGUAAAAUGUAAAAGGAUGAAAGAUUGUAACAAGCAUCCUUGCAAUCGGAAGUGUUGUGAUGAGAAUUGUCCGCCCUGUGAAAAGUCAUGUGGUCGUACUUUGAGCUGUGGGAACCACAAGUGUAUUUCAGUAUGUCAUCGUGGACCGUGUUAUCCAUGCAAUCAGACUGAUGAAGUGUCUUGUAGAUGUGGCACAACAAAACUUGUAGUUCCAUGUGGUCGAAAACAUAAGACAAAACCACCAAAAUGCAACAAACUAUGUUUAUUACCACCUGAUUGUCACCACGAUAAGAGAGAAAAUCAUAGAUGCCACUUUGGAGACUGCCCUGCGUGCAGACAAAUUUGUAAUAAAAACAGAACCACGUGCCCCCACGCAUGUCCCUCUUUAUGUCAUUCGGCUGUUCUUGUGAAAAUUGAAGGACAAAAAGCUUCAAUGCCUUGGGAACAAACCAAGCCACAGAUCGAGAGGAAAGCGUUACCUUGUCCAAAUUGUGUUGUAUUGAUGCCUGUAACAUGCUUAGGAGAACAUGAAACAAAUGAUUGGCCCUGCUACUUAGCAAAACCAUCAAGUUGUCAUCGCCCAUGUGGAAGAAUUUUAGAAUGCGGUAAUCACAGUUGCAGUUUGCCUUGUCAUUUUGUUGAAGAAGCACGUGAUGGAACCAAGUCAGGUAUUAAUUGUGAACCGUGCGAGGGUAGCUGCACCAGAGAAAGGCCUGAAGGUUGUCAACAUUUAUGUCCGAAACCCUGUCACCCAGGAACAUGUCCUCCAUGUAAAAAUAUGAUACGCAUAAAAUGUCAUUGUGGCCUCAAUCAGUUAUACGUUACAUGUAACGACUGGCGGGAUGAAGAUAAGAAGAUAGAAAUACAAAGUUGUAGAAAUCAGUGCCCAAAGAAUUAUGAAUGUGGACACAAAUGUAAGGCUAAUUGUCAUCUAGGAGAAUGCCCGAAUGCAGAUUUGUGCAAGAAAAAAGUCAAAAUCACCUGCAAGUGCAAGCGAAUCCGUAAAGAGUUUUCUUGUGAAUCCGUCAGGAAGAAAUUGGCCGUUGUUGAAUGUGAUGAAAUUUGCCUGAAGAAGAAAGAAGAAGACCGCAAAAUAAGAGAAGCCGCCGAAGAACAAAGACGGGUAGAAGAGGAGUUGAAGAAUAAGAAAGAACUUGAAAAGUAUCAGAAAAUGUUCGAAGGAAAAAAGAAACAAAGGGACCGGAGAUCAAUGGAAGAUGAAGAACAAAUUGGUUUUGUUAAGAAAUAUUGGAUAUCGAUGAUUUGCUCAAUAUCAGUUAUAUUAUUAUCAUCAGGAGCUUAUUAUUUAUUGAAUAUGUGAACACAUUGUAAGCACUUAAUAAUUUUUAUCAUAAUGGGGGGUAUUCAUAGGUAUAGGUAGAUAAUGAUGUGACUGUGUAAUAUAUUGUAAUUUAUUAUAUGU